UAAUACACAGACAGUGCGGCAGGAAAACCGCAGCAACGCCAGGGAUUUGUGUAAGGAAAGGGGGAAAAUAACAUGGAAUUAAAAUAAACAUACACACCCACAAAUGGAAAAAGCACGGUUUUAAAAUGGAAACUGGGUAACCUGGACAUGCGUCUUUCCCCCCAAAAAACAAAAAAACAAAACACAGGGCAUAACCAUAGAAUGGAUGAAAAAUGCAACGAGAUCUGCGGCUGCUUGGUUUUGCCUGCUGAAUCGAACACGCGAGAACAUAUGGAAUACUAAUUGGAAAAACACAAUCACCGAGCGCUGCUGUUCAGAAAAAGAUCAACUGUGUCUGUACAGAAAACGUUUUUUUUGGAAAAAAUAAGCAAACAAAAGUCAAAUUAGGUGCAUUGAAUUCCAUUGAAGGGAUGUUAUCAGGUCCCAUUGCUUGACAAGCAGAUUUCACGAGACGGGCAUUUCAAUCUGAGGUGUUAGAAUGGGCGACGCCGCAGAUAGCAAGGAGAUUAAAAAGACUUUCAUCGUUCCAGCCAUAAAAUCAUUUGAUCAUUACGAUUUUUCCAGGGCUAAAAUCUCUUGUAGCCUGGCAUGGCUUGUUGCCAAAGCCUUUGGGACAGACAAUGUGCCUGAGGAGCUGAAGGAGCCGUUCUACACAGACCAGUAUGAGCAGGAGCACACCAAGCCUCCUGUGGUGAACCUGCUGCUGUCAGCUGAGCUGUACUGCCGCGCAGGGAGCCUUAUUCUCAAGAGCGAUGCCGCCAAGCCUCUCCUGGGACACGAUGCCGUCAUCCAGGCGCUCGCACAGAAGGGACUUUAUGUCACAGACCAGGAGAAGCUGGUUACCGAGAGGGACCUGCGCAAGAAGCCCAUUCAGAUUAGUGCUCACUUAGCCAUGAUUGACACCUUGAUGAUGGCUUACACAGUGGAGAUGGUGAGUGUGGAGAAGGUGGUUGCUUGUGUUCAGAAGUAUUCAGCCCUCACAGACACAGAUCUGCCGUACGACGCUGAGGAUGCUGUCAUGAGCUGGAUGAAUAAGGUUAACGAGCACUUGAAAGAUAUAAUUAUGCAGGAGCAGAAGAUGAGAGCAUCACGGUGUUCAGACACGACUGGUGGUCCAACGUCUCCAACCAAAUGGUAUUGGAAACUGGUACCUGCCCGAUACAGGAAGGAACAGGCACUCGCAAGGCACAUGCCUUGUAUACCCCCUGUGGAGAACUUAUUGAAAGACAGUACUGAUGGUGGAGCCCUUGCUGCAUUGAUCCAUUUCUACUGUCCUGAAAUGGUCAAGCUGGAAGAUAUAUGCCUGAAGGAAACCAUGUCAUUGGCAGACAGCUUGUACAAUCUUCAGCUGAUUCAGGAGUUUUGUCAGGACAGCCUGAAUGGAUGCUGCCACUUUGCACUGGAAGACAUGAUCUAUGCCUCCUCCUCAAUAAAGAACAACUACCUGGUGUUUAUGGCAGAGCUGUUUUGGUGGUUUGAAGUAGUGAAGCCUUCUUUUGUACAGCCUCGGGUUGUAGACGUCGAUGUUGAUGCAGCAGAGGCAGUUCAGCCAAUGAAGAACAUGCCCACAUUUCCCAUUUCAAAUGCUACAAAAAGAAGCUUUAUUGAGAGUCCUUCCAGUCCAGACUUGGAUGCCAGUCAAGGCUUGUCACCACCUCAGUCUCUUCUGCCACUUAGACACAAACAGCAGAGGCGUCAAAAUGCCACUUCAGGAGCAAUAAGAAGAUCAACCUCAAUGUCUUAUGUGGAAGGCUAUGUUGGAACCUGGCCUAAGGAAAAACGGUCAUCGGUCCAUGGAGUAUCCUUUGACAUCCCUUUUGAUAAAGAGAACACUAUGCAGACCUCUACCCCUCCAAGCCGUGGGAUAACCAGAUCAAUCAGCAAUGAAGGUCUAGGAUUUAAACUCAAUCAACACCCCAGAAACAUAAAGAGAAACCUCUCCUUCCAGCCUGUGAACGGACAGAGCGAAACAGAAGGCAUUGAAGAGGAAAUGUACCUAGAGAGCCAAACUGACGCAGAACUUCAUGACAGUGCUAAUCAAAGGAAACAGUAUAAACUUUCAAACGGGCCAGUGCUGGACGAGUACGGCAAUCCUGCUGGGACACCAAGUAUUGAAGAAGCUUUGCAAAUAAUCCACGAUUCUGAAAAACCACGUAGUGUCCUUCAGUUCAAUAAGGUCAACGUCGGAUUUUUCCUCCAUGGUCAGGAUUUUGGGGAUUUUAAUUCAAAGCUUAAGACAGAGGAACCAUGCUUGGACUCUAUUGCAGAGACAAAGGGGGCUGGGAGCCCUGACACUACUGAGGUGGACACUGGGAUUCAUAUUCAGACAGAAGACAUUCAGGAAACGAUAGACGAGGACUCUUCUUUAAGAGACUACACAGUGAGCAUGGACUCUGACAUGGACCACGACUAUGAACUAAAAGUAAGCAAUCCCAGAGACAUCACAAGCCCAUGCCCAAGCUCAGUAAGUGCCAAGUCCCAGGCUGGGAGCAGUGAGCAGUCUUCUAGCUCUGGAGUUAAGAUGACCAGUUUUGCAGAACAAAAGUUGAGGAAAAUUAACCACGUUGAUGGCAGGAGCAGCGGAAGCAGCUCCCAAAAGACAACCCCAGAAAGUUCAGAGCUAAACAUCCCGCACAUGGGGGCAUGGGCUCAAACACCGGAGGAGAGCCCAGUCAGGCAGGGGAGAGAUCCCACACAGCUCCUGGCUUCAGAAAUGGUUCAUCUCAAGAUGAAGUUGGAGGAGAAGAGGAGAGCGAUUGAAGCCCAGAAGAAGAAGGUAGAAGCAGCGUUUACAAGACACCGGCAGAGAAUGGGGAGAACAGCAUUCCUGACUGUGGUAAAGAAGAAAGGGGACGGCACAUCGCCACUUAGGGAGGAAUCUACUGGUUCAGAGGAUGAAAAGCUAUCCGCUGAUAGCCAGCCUUCCAAGAUGGUAGCGGAUAAUACCCUAAGUCCUGGGAAAUGUAAAACUGAGGAUACAUUGUUCGAAGAAAUUGCAGACCCAGCUCAGAGCAGGUGGCUGAAAUCGCCCACUGACGAGUCUAUAGGAGAGGGAGACCUUGUAGAGUACACCAGGUCCAUUGAGAAGCUGAACUCUUCUCUAAACUUCCUGCAGCAGGAGAUGCAACGCAUAGCACAGCAACAGGACAUCAUAAUGCAGAUGAGGGAGCAGCAAGCCUGGGGGAUCUGUCCUUCACAGCCAUCUCCUCAGAAGCAGGUGCGGGAGCUUCGCUCUACUUCACGCUCGACUGGCUCUCUGUCACCGGUCUUAUCAUCGGCAGGAGGAUCCCCAAGGACUUCUCACCGAUCCCCUCAGCCCAUAACAAGGAAGUCAGCAUCUUUUCACUCGAAAACCCCAAGGAGUCAAAGACCAAACGAGUUAAAAAUUGCCCCUUUCAGCCGUGUGUUGACCAGUCCCCAGUCAGUAGACAGUCUUCCCCACCUCCGAAGGUUUUCCCCCAGCCAGAUCCAGACCAAGUCGUUUGUGCACUUUGGAGAUGACAAUGCGCCCACCGGUGAAUCUGAGUCAAGAGACAAGUAUUCUGUCCAGGAACCUAAACCAGCAGACUCUGCAACUGAAGGUUCAGAGAUAGGAGAGGCACAAGAGCAGCUCCCAGCAGAGGAGGGUAAGGAGGAGGUCAAGCCCCUGGAAUCGACAGUUUCAGAAGUGUUAUCCCAGCCUGUUAAAGAGACCUUUAUUGUUACCCCCAACACCGAAAACCCAAGGGAGCCUGUAGGACAGAGCACUAAGACUGUGAGCUUGAUUGAGGUUCCUCUCUCUGUGCUGAAGCCGCUAGAGGGACAGGUUCUGGAGGGAGAUGGGGCCGGAGACAAUUAUUAUGAUGAUCAGAAAAUGUGCUGUGGAUUCUUUUUUAAAGAUGACCAGAAAGGAGAAGACGACAUGGCGAUGAAACGAGCUGCCCUCCUGGAGAAACGACUGCAGAGGGAGAGGGAGAACCAGCAGCGAAAGCAGCAACUGGAUGUGGAACUGGAGCAGAAGAAAGAGGAGGCAAGGAUUAAAGCAGAAGAAGAGCGUCAGAAGAAAGAGGAUGAGAAGGCGCGACGAGAGUACAUCAAGCAGGAGUUCCUGCGGAGGAAGCAGCUCAGAAUGAUAGAGGACAUGGACACGAUGAUAAAACCUCGGCCUGCGAGCUCCAAGCACAAAAGGCCACGUCCGAAGUCUGUACAUAGAGAUAUAAUGGAGUCUCCCAGAACCCCUGUCAGAGCUGCAGCAGGUUCACGACCUCGUGUUUUUUCAGUGUCCAGCCUUUCCCUGGCCUCCUUAAACCUAGCAGACAACGAGAGUAUGCUGUCAGGCAAGAGAAGUCCCAGAAGCAGUAGCGUAGCCUCUGGAAACCUUUACUACUUAAUGAAAUCAACUAAACUGAACAAGGCAAGACCUGAGUCUGCAGAUGGGCUGUUGUCUCCUUGUCGAUUGUCCAGUCGCAAUGAUGACAAGGACUGGGAAAAUGGCUCAACGACCUCUUCAGUGGCUUCGAAUACUGAGUACACAGGACCAAAGCUGUAUAAGGAACCAAGUGCAAAGUCUAACAAACACAUAAUCCAGAAUGCUUUAGCUCAUUGUUGCCUGGCUGGCAGGGUAAAUGAAGGUCAGAAGAAUAAAAUAUUAGAGGAAAUGGAAAAAUCGGGGGCCAACAACUUUUUAGUGUUGCUCCGGGACGCUGGCUGCCAGUUCAGGUCGGUGUACACGUACUGUCCUGAGAUGGAGGUGAUCAACAAGCUGGCCGGCGUCGGGCCCAAGUCCAUCUCCAGGAAGAUGAUAGAGGGGCUUUACAAAUACAACUCUGACAAGAAACAGUUCAGCCUCAUUCCCGCCAAAACCAUGUCUGCCAGCGUUGAUGCAGUUACCAUUUACUGCCACUUGUGGGCCAAGAGGCCAGUGACACCCAAAAAACUGCUGUCUUCCAAGUCGUAGUGGAUUGAACUCUGUUUUGAAUCUUUUUUUUUUUCUUUUUAAAGAAAACAUUGCACUUCACGUUACCAUUAGGAAAAGGGUUUGAGCUGCCAAUGGACAAUAACACUAUAUCCAAUUAUUAUUGUUUUUUUUUUUGUUUUUUUUUGUUUGAACUGGACACCACGUCGUUAUGCACAACUGGAAUGUAAAACACUAUUUAAAAGUAUUAAAUGAAUGUCACUGUUGCAUUUAGUACAAGAGAUCAUUGAAUAUUAGGUCAUUUUAUUGAAGCAUGUGUGUGUGGUGUUGUGUGUGUUAAUCGAAAAAUCUUAUGUUUUUAUUUGGUACACUGAAGCACUGAAUGCCAAUCAUCUGUAUAGUUGAAUCAUCAUAGCUGUAACAUUUGUGGCCUUAUGCUUUAUUUUGUAUGUGACUGCCAUGUGGUGUUUGUGAGGGUGUUAUUUCAUGAGAGGUUUUUGUGUGCAAGCGACGCUUGCGACUUAUUUUGUGAUAGAAAAAAAAAGUCAGUUUGGUCUUAAGAGUUGAGUAAGAAAACCUGAAGGUAUAAGGGGAAGUCUUAAAAAGUACUAUGUACCUUUAUGUACCUUUAUGUACCUUUGUAUCAUGUUGUACUGUAGAUUUAAAGGACGUCACUACAAAAGUAUUAACUAGGUUAUAACAAAUGGCAAAACUGACAAACUCUGAAACUGAUGUUUCUUUAGAAAUGUAUUUAACUCCAAGUUUACGCAAUAGAAUGUUUAAGGAAGCAAAAUAAAGUGGACAGACCAACGAAUAUGUUUCGUUAUAUAUUUAUCUUAUGCAUUUGGCUACUCAGUUCCAGAUAUAGUAUAAAGAGCCUUUGUUGCUUCUCCACGCAAGUAAUGUAAUGAACAUAUAGCGUCCACUGUUAACAGGAUUCAGCAUUAUCAAUCCGUGUAUUCACCCCCCACCCCAAAUCAGUUCAUUCAAAUGUCAUUACAUUAACACUAAAGAACACAUACCAGUAAAUACAAUGAGAAACGUUUGUCAUGUCGGUUUACAGAUAUUAUAUUUGGCAUUUAAGAUUUUCACAUUCAGUGGGACUAGUUGGCCAGACUUGGCUGUUCUGAGAAACUUGAGUGGUUCCAGGAGGGUUAAACUGUAGUUUAGAGUUGUAAAUACCAGUUUAAAAACCAAUGGAAUUCACUAAUACUGAAACCCCAGUCAUGUAUCUCACAGCCAUAGUGAUUGCUGUAUUAGCAACUUGUCUUAGUAGGUUAGGUUAUGUUUUCAUGGAAAGUUUUAUCCCUGAAAAAUGAUUUAUUUAUCUGGCCAAACAUUACUGCCACAUGUAUUUUAUUUAUUUUUUCUUUUUAAGGUGUAUGUAUACAUAGUAUGUGCAUAUUAAGCAUGUUAUUACUAAAAAGCAUCCUUGAUUUUUUUAAGUUUAUUUUCCCCAUGUAUGGUAGCUAGCUAAGUAAUGGGGUAAAAAGAAAACAGGACGUACCUGAUGCAGUUCAAUAGAUUGCAGGUCACUGGCCUCCCAUGUCCUGUCUUAUAUUUUCAUACUCUUACAAUGAUAUACCGGUAUGUAUUUCCAUGUGUAUGUUGUAAAUAAGAUAAAUACUAAGGGGAUGAUAUGUUGCUCUUGCUAUAUUGUGUUUGUGGGAUGGAGGUGUCCAUAUUCCACCAGUAAAUGUCUAUCGAGAAUCUCCAAAAGUAGUGGUGUUUUAUUUAGUUUCAAAGUUUUGUUUUUGCUGCGGCAAGCCAACUGAGGUCGAAGCUUUUCUUUUUAUUGUUUAUAUUAUUAGUUGUCUUGAGAAUCAGGAUUUGAUUAUAUUGUUGUCACUUUUUUGUUAAUAUUUAAAUGUAAUUUAGGUUUUCUGUAUAUUUCAUAAACAUUCAUUGCCAUAUAAACAUUUGAGAGAUGUGGCUCCAACACAGAGUUUUGUCAGUGGCUUAUCCAUACUAUUUGCUUGUAUAAGAAUACGAUAUAUAAUUCACAACAUUUGAAAUGUAUAAAUAUAUGUGUAUAUAUGAGGGACUCAAAGAGUAUGACCAUUGUUACUGUAGGCAUGUAUAGGGAUUUCACUGGUGUCAUGGAGCAGAUCUGAAUCCACAGCUUCAGAUAAGGUUUUAAAAUGUCUAUGAUAAACACAGAACUGUAGAAUAUCUUGUCAAAUACAGUUAAAAUGUUUACCAAUGAUAACUAAGAUGGGUGUAUAGGAAUAAGUAAGCAUAUUUAUAAUUAGCAUGUUGUUUUUAAUUUGGAGAUAAAAAUACAGAUUGUAACUUUUAAAUGCAGUCUGCAGUUCAAGUAAAGUAAAAACCAGCUUCUGUAAAUACCUUGAAUUGUAAUGCAAUGACUAUGGAUUGAGAUUUCAUGGCACUCCUUAUUUGUG